AUGACGGGCCCCAAGGCCUAUCUCAUCUACUCCAGCAGCGUGGCUGCUGGGGCACAGAGUGGCAUUGAGGAGUGCAAGUUCCAGUUUGCCUGGGAUCGCUGGAACUGCCCUGAGCGGGCACUGCAGCUCUCCAGCCAUGGCGGGCUGCGCAGCGCGAACCGAGAAACUGCCUUUGUCCAUGCCAUCAGCUCCGCAGGUGUCAUGUACACACUGACCCGGAACUGCAGCCUGGGGGAUUUUGACAACUGUGGCUGUGAUGACUCCCGCAAUGGGCAGCUUGGUGGGCAAGGCUGGCUGUGGGGUGGCUGCAGUGAUAACGUGGGCUUUGGGGAAGCCAUCUCCAAGCAGUUUGUGGAUGCCCUGGAAACUGGACAAGAUGCUAGAGCUGCUAUGAACCUGCACAACAAUGAGGCAGGAAGAAAGGCCGUCAAAGGGACCAUGAAGCGGACUUGCAAAUGCCACGGCGUGUCAGGAAGUUGUACCACACAGACCUGCUGGCUGCAGCUGCCUGAGUUCCGGGAGGUGGGCACUUACCUCAAGGAGAGGUACCACAAGGCCUUGAAGGUGGACUUGCUGCAGGGAGUGGGGAACAGCGCUGCCAGCCGGGGGGCCAUUGCCGAGACCUUCAGCUCCAUCUCCAAGAAGGAGCUGGUCCAUUUAGAAGACUCUCCUGACUACUGCCUGGAGAACAAGACGCUGGGGCUGCUGGGCACGGAGGGCCGGGAGUGUCUGAAGAGAGGCAAGGCGCUCAGCAAGUGGGAGAAGCGGAGCUGCCGGCGGCUGUGCGGGGACUGUGGGCUGGCGGUGGAGGAGAGACGGGCAGAGAUGGUGUCCAGCUGCAACUGCAAGUUCCACUGGUGCUGUGCUGUGCGGUGUGAGCAGUGCCGCAAACGGGUCACCAAGUACUUCUGUGUCCGCAAAGAGAAGCGGGAGCGGAGCGGGGGUGGCGGGGCCAGCCGCAAGCUCAAGAGGAAGCCCUAACUGCCCCCUGCUCCCCCAUGGUCCUGUCUGCUCCUCAUCUCUUCUUCUUCCCUUCCUACCUCCCCUGGCACCACUUCCUUCUGGGUUAGUUUUAUCUCAUUUCCAAGUAAGGCCCCU